UGGAAGAAGCCGUUCCGUCAUGUGUCCAACUACACGUUUUAAAAACUACAUUUCCCUCGUACUAGCAUGUUGCGCAGCGUUAACGGAUCAACUGGCUCGGGUAUAUCCUGCAAUAACUGUGGAGCUUCCUGCAAACAGCUGGCCCGUCGCUGGAAACAAAACACUGACGCCUGUGUGCUGCUGACAGCUGACUGAAAUGUCAGAGACCUCCAGUGAUGCAGAGUCCUCCUGUGGCUGGACCAUUAUCAGCAAUGAGGGUUCAGAUAUUGAGACUUUGGGAUCGGAGUACGGAGCUGAGCUGGUAGAGCGCCCUCUGGUGGAAGAAUCAGUGGUGCAGGAUGUUCAGGCUUCAGCAUCUGCUGCUGUGUGUGCUGAAGAGAGGACAGACCAUUCACUGGAUAACACUCUGGGAGAACAAACUUUAGCUGAGACACUGAACGCCCCGGAGGAUGGAGGCGAAGCCGCAGGGAAAGAGCCCGUGCUAUCUUCCAGCGAUCUCUCCGACAUCGUGACUCUGCCAGACUUUAAGGAGGACGAGCAUGAAGAGGAGGUGGCCACCAGUGAAGAUCUUUACCUCGGGACCUCCUGCAGCAGCCAGUAUACCUUCAGUGCUGCAGACACUGCAGGUUUGUUUUUGAGUCACUGGAAACUUCCACAGACUCUGAUGAACUUAAGCUGCCGUCUGAGAAGCCAGCUCACUGGAGGCCGCUCUUUUCCAGUUUUCCCAGUGCAGCCACCAGCAGCGACAAACUCGAGCAGCAGCGAGGACGAGGCUGAACGGAGCACCAGCACUGUCGUACGAAGACGAAGGUUGAGGAAGAGUACCACAAACACUGUGACUGACCCCGAGGAGGAGGAGGCUGUGUUGGAAUCUCGCCCAAGUGAUGAUGAUGAUGAGGAGGAGCAGGAGGUUAAAGAACAGAAGAAGCAGCAGGAGGAGCAGACUGAAGUGAGACCAGUCACUGCUCCGGAUGCUCAACAGAAAGGCAGAGGUGGCAGCAUCAUCAACACGUGCAUCCUCGUCGCUCUUUUAAUAGUUGCCUGCCUGGGCUUUGGUCACUUCUACGGGCCAGACAAGAUUCGGAAAGCUGAUAUGAAUGAGUUCAUUUGUGGGAGCGAUGUGGAAGAACAACCUUUUACAGACCAGCACCAGUGGGCCAAGUUUAUCGGAGAAGAAACGGAUGAGCAGCGAGUUAUUUCACUGCUGGCAGAGAAGUUUGAGAGGAUUAGGAACGAGAACGAGGAGCUCAUUGUGAAACAGGCGCAUAUUCAGGCCCAGAGAGACGAGUUGGAAAUGUUGCUGAAACAGAAGGCCGAGGAGAACAGUAACAUGGUGUCUCAGCAGCAGAAGUUAACAGCUAAAAACCAGCUGCUGAAAAGCUCCCUGCAGCGUGAAGAAAAGUCUUUGUCCACUUUACAGGAGGAGCUGAAUAACCUGCGCUCUAAGGUCAGAGAUCUGGAGUCGAUGGGAGCUGGAGCCGACUCACUGCUGUCAGAAAACCAGAGGCUGAAAGAGCAGCUGGAGGAGGAGAAGCAGCUGAUGAGAAACUUCCACGACCAGCAGGAGAACACGAUAGCUGAGGCACAAAUGCUGAGAAAGAAGCUCGACAAAGAGAAGAAGGUCACGGAUGAGCUGAGACGGGAGCUGAGUCAGCUGAGAAGUCGCCUCCCUGGACCCGGAAAGGAAUCGGGUUUAGAGGCAGAAGAGCUGCAGUCCCGCCUGAUGGAGCUGGAGAAGAGGCUGAGCUUCGAGCAGCAGCGCUCUGACCUGUGGGAGCGGCUGUAUGUGGAGACCAAAGAAGAAAGAGCCAAAGGAGACACAGAGCCCAAAGUGAAAAAAACAAAACCGGGCAUGGCAGGAAAAAUGAAGGAGACAUUUGAUGCUAUGAAGAACUCCACCAAAGAGUUUGUGCAUCACCACAAGGAACAGAUUAAAAAAGCCAAAGAGGCCGUGAAGGAGAACCUGAGGAAGUUCUCCGAUUCUGUCAAAUCCACUUUCAGACAUUUCAAGGAUUCAGCCUCAACCUUCAUCAAUAAAGCCCGAGGGUUUUAUAAACAGAGAUGUAAUGAGAAGAAUACAAAAGAGUCGUGGCAGCACAGAUUCCACAAACCUCUUCACAGACACAAACAGGACUCCAGCCAUAACACACGAAAAUCAGGAGACAAAGUUCACCAAGAUCGGGGUCAAAACACCCACAAAGCCCACAUUAAGGGAUGCGCUGGGGUUUUCGACUGUGCCUACCAGGAGUCUAUGAGGCUCUUCAAUAAAGGCGCGGAGCCAAUCAGAGCCGACGAGUUUCACAAGCUGCUGCAGAGCUACCUGCAUCAGGAGGUCGACCACUUCCACCAUUGGAAGGAGCUGGAGACAUUCAUCAGCAGCUUCUUCCGCAACGGUGUGUUCAUCCAUGACAAGAUGCUGUUCACAGACUUUGUGAGUGGGGUUGAACACUAUCUCACAGACAUGCACAAGUAUCACGGCCUCGAUGAUGAUGCGUUCGGAGAUCUUGAUGACUAUAUCUACAGACACUUCUUUGGAGAAACGUACACAAAGAGCUACAGCCCAAGCGGGCCAUUUGAAGGGCCCGACGCAGACUCAAAGGAGGAAUCGAAGGCAAAGCACGAACAGCGUAAGCAGCAGCGAGCUCGAUCUCGACCCCACAGCGAACGCAAGUGGAGCCGAUCAGGAAGAAACGCAGACAGACACAUGGCUGAUGUCAAAAUAGAACUGGGCCCGAUGCCCUUUGACCCCAAAUACUGAAAUGAUUUCUGCUAGUUUAAUAGGAUGGCUACACAUUUCAGUUGCAAAGUCUUUUUUUUUUUUAUUUUAAGUUUGCACAACUUUUGAAUGCUACUGAACGUCCAUGAGCUCUGUGGUGUUUGGUGAAGUAAUCAUUAUUAAGUUUGAAUGGAAGAUGUGGUCUAUCUAGACCCGUUUGAGUUCAUCUAAGAUGUUAAACUGAACCAUUCUUUCAAUUUUGGCUUGUAAUUUUUAGACCCAAUGAGCACUUUUCCAUGUUCAGCCACAUCACCUUCAUUUAAAAAUAGCAGAAAAUGUUCAUUGAGGCAAAAAAAAAAAAAAAAAAAAAAAAAAA